GCAAAUUUACAACACGUGCCAUAGAUAGCUGGUAGGCAUUGAUGACUUUAGAUCUUAACGUGCCCUGACAUAAAAAUGCACAAAUUAAUCUACGUUCAAUGGGACGAGAAAACUUAUAAAUAAGCUUGAAAAACAUCUUCAACUUAUCCCUCAACAAACCUAAACAUGGAGAAGACUGAGAACUGUAGUGCUGCAACUACAGAUGAACAAGAGAUUCACUAUAGAGGAAUUAAAGCAAUGCCCUAUGUCAUAGGGAAUGAAACUUUUGAGAAGUUGGGGACUACUGGUACUUCAAACAAUCUUUUGGUUUAUCUCACUACCAUUUUCAACAUGAAAAGUAUCUCAGCUACAAAUCUUGUUAAUGUUUUCAAUGGAACAUGCAACUUGGCUACCUUGAUAGGUGCAUUCCUUUCCGAUACUUAUUUCGGCCGAUACACCACCUUGGGAUUUGCUUCCAUAUCUUCUUUUCUGGGAAUGGUUCUACUUACACUAACAGCUGCAGUCUCAAAGUUGCACCCACCGGCUUGUAAUAAGUCGAGCGAAAAUGGAACAUGUGAUGGGCCAACACCAUGGCAAAUGACAUUUCUGUUGAGCGGGUUAGGACUUAUGGUGAUGGGUGCCGGUGGGAUUAGACCAUGUAACCUUGCCUUCGGAGCAGACCAAUUCAAUCCCGAAACCAAAUCCGGGAAGAGGGGUAUAACCAGUUUCUUCAAUUGGUAUUACUUCACCUACACGUUUGCCAUGAUGGUAUCUUUGACGAUCAUCGUUUACGUACAAUCCGAUGUGAGCUGGGCUUGGGGUUUAGCCAUUCCUGCCUUCAUGAUGUUCUUAUCAUGCCUCAUGUUCUUCAUUGGGACCAAAAUGUAUGUGAAAGUGAAACCCCAAGGUAGCCCAAUCACAAGUGUGAUUCAAGUCAUAAUUGCAGCUGUUCGAAAGAGGAAAUUGAAGCAACCAGAUGAACCAUGGAUCUCACUUUUUAACCAUAUCCCUAAAGCUUCUAUCAACUCCAAGCUCGCUUACUCUGAUCAAUUCAGGUUUCUAAACAAAGCUGCAAUAUUAACCCCAGAGGAUAAAAUCAACUCAGAUGGAUCAGCAAUGAAUCCAUGGAAACUCUGCAGUUUACAGAAAGUUGAAGAAAUAAAAUGCUUGAUUAGAGUUGUUCCUAUAUGGGCAUCAGGGAUUAUCUACAGUGUAGCCAUGGUUCAACAACAAACAUACGUAGUCUUCCAAGCCAUUCAAUCCGACCGAUACCUCGGGCACACAGGUUUCAACAUCCCGGCGGCCUCGUUCGGCAUCUUCACUAUGAUCGGCGUUACGAUAUGGAUACCGAUUUACGACCGUUUAAUAGUUCCAUGGCUCCAAAAGUACACCAAAAAGGAAGGAGGAAUCACAUUACUGCAAAAGAUGAGUAUAGGCAUGGUUCUCGCCAUAAUCACCAUGUUUAUAUCCGCCAUUGUUGAAGAUAGAAGAAGAGCCUUAGCUUUGAGUAACCCCAUCGGCAUAGAUUCAAAGAAAAGAUCCAUUUCUUCACUGUCAACAAUGUGGUUAAUCCCUCAGCUAACAUUAAUAGGACUCUCCGAAGCAUUCACAUUAAUUGGUUUAAUCGAAUUUUACUACAAACAGUUCCCUGAAAACAUGAGAAGCAUUGCUGGAUCAUUCACUUUUAUUGGCCUUGCAUUGUCGAGUUACCUCAGCAGUUUCUUGAUAUCAGUUGUUCAUAAGAUCUCGGAAAGGUCCCAAACAGGUGACUGGUUGCCUGAAGAUCUCAACAAGGGGAAAUUGGAUUAUUUUUAUUACUUGGUUGCAGGGCUGGAAGUAAUGAAUUUAGGGUAUUUUAUAAUGUGUGCAAAUUGGUAUAAAUACAAAGAAGGUGGUAGUACUGGAAAUGGGGUUGAAGGUGAUAACGAUAUGGUGAAGUUGCAGAGUGAUGGUGUGUGAAACUUGAGCAGCCAUUUCUGCAAUAAUGAAUGUGAAAUUUCUGAUCAUUUUUAUGUAUGCUUAUAAGACUAUAAAGAUGUUAUGUAUUUGUAGUUGAAACUUUGUCCCUUAAUCUUGGCUUUCCCAAUA